ACCUCUAUCGAAAUCCCCCACCCUCUCCACCCCUCCCAAAAAACCCAAAAUGCCAACCCCCUACCCCCACCCCUCGACACCGACGACCUACACCCUAAACUUCACCGGCGACGUCAUGCUCGCCCGCCUCAUCGACCAACUCUUCUCAACACACCUCCCCUCCCCACACUACGCCAACAUAAUCAAAACAUUCAUAGAACGCUACCCCUACCUCUCAAAAUACAACCACAGAUCCCCAUGGGGCAGUGCGCUGGCGUUAUUUCGCGCGGGGGAUCUGAAUCUGGUGAAUUUGGAGACGGCGGUUACGGAGGGUGCGGAGAAAUGGCCACGGAAGGUGUUUAAUUAUAGGAUGCAUCCGGGGAAUCUGGGGGUGUUGAGGGAAGGGAGGGUUGAUUUUGUUAGUUUGGCGAAUAAUCAUACGGUGGAUUUUGGGGAGGGCGGGCUUAGGGAUACGAUUCGGGGGGUUAGGGGGGUUGGGGUUGGGUUUGCGGGUGUGGGGAAUAGUGCGGUUGAGGCGAAAUUGCCGGCUGUGUUGCGGCUUCCGAGGGAUUCUGAUGAUGAUGCUCGCGGUGAUGAGGAAAAGCAUACGGUACAUGUAUAUUCAGCCUCUGACCACCCACGCGACUGGUCCGUCAUCCCUGAAUUCCACCUCAUCGACUACACCCUUUCCACAAAACAUCAUCUGAAAACCCUCCUCACCACUCCCUCUCACCCCCAAUCCAAAGCAGAGGAACCAAGUCUGAAGAUCUUCUCCAUCCACUGGGGCCCAAAUUACACCUGGCAACCGUCCGCUCAAAUCCGGGACAUGGCACAUUUCCUCAUCGACGAGUGCGGCGUUGAUAUCGUGCAUGGGCACUCUGCGCAUCAUAUCCAGGGUGUUGAGAAGUAUAAGGGGAGUGUGAUUAUGUAUGGAUGUGGGGAUUUCGUGGAUGAUUAUGCGUUGAAUGAGGAGUUUCGGAAUGAUUUGGGGGGUGUUUGGAGGGUUGUCGUCAGUACUGAUAAUGGUGAUGGUGGUGGCGGGAAAGGGAAAGGGAAAGGGAAAGGGCUGGAGUUGGAUCGGUUGGAGAUGUAUCCUACGCGGUGUGAUAGGUUCCAAGUUACGUUGUUGGAUGUAGAUGAUGAGGAUCAUGGGUGGGUUCGGAGGAAAAUAAUGAAGUUGAGUGAGGAGAUGGGGACUAGGGUUAGGCGGGAACUUGGGAGGGAGGGGCAGGUUGUUGUUGACCUGAGGGAUUAGAUGGUAUUAAUUGUAUUGGUAGUGUGUAUUGGUAGUGUGUAUCACUAAUAGCAUUUCA